AUGUCAUACCCCACUGGAGUUUGGGUCUCCAAGUCAGCCAGCGUCGUCGCUAUCGAUGCCGAACAGGCACGCCGCCUCUCACUUGCCGUCCCGGACAUCAAACAAGUCGCCCACGAUGCCGGCAACGCGACCCGAUCAGAACAACAGAUGACCUUGCGACAGGGUGUCAAGUUGUACCCAAAGGCCAUUGCCUGGUCGGUGCUACUUUCAGCAGCCAUCAUCAUGGAAGGUUUCGACAAAGUCUUGAUCGCCAAUUUGAUGGCAGUUCCUGCUUUCAAGCAAAAGUUUGGUCAGCAGCUCCCCAACGGCGAUUGGGAACUCACAGCCGCCUGGCAAGCUGGCCUUACAAACGGUGCAUACGUAGGAGAGUUCACGGGUCUGCUCCUGAACGGUCUUAUUGCGGAUCGCUUCGGGUACAAGAAGACAAUGAUCGGCGCGCUAUUCGUCGUCAACCUCUUCAUCUUCAUCGUCUUCUUUGCGCAGAACAUCGUCAUGCUACUAUGCGGUCUCAUCCUGUGCGGUAUACCGUGGGGUGUCUUCCAGACCCUGACCUGCACCUAUGCUGCCGAAGUCGUACCGGUUCCGCUCCGCCCAAUUCUUACAACAUACGUCAAUCUCUGCUGGGUCAUCGGUCAAUUCCUCGCCUCAGGCGUUCUCAAGGGUGUGGCCGAGCGCCCCGACCAAUGGGCAUACCGCAUUCCAUAUGCUCUGCAGUGGCUCUGGCCACUCCCUUUGAUGAUCGGUAUCUCUUUCGCACCUGAAUCACCAUGGUGGCUUGUUCGAAAAGACCGCUAUGACGAAGCCAAGAAGAUGUUGAUGCGCCUGACAUCGCCAGAGAAGCUACCUAACUUCAACGCCGACGAGACCAUUGCUAUGAUGCGCCACACCAAUGCCAUGGAGAUGGCGGUUUCUGAGGGUACUUCAUACUUGGACUGCUUUAAAGGCACCGAUCUUCGACGAACUGAAAUUGCUGCCAUGGCAUGGUUUACACAAGCUUUCUGUGGAGCAGGUCUUAUCGGCUAUUCAACUUACUUUUUCCAGCAAGCAGGCCUUAGCGACGAGAACGCCUUCUCCAUGAGUCUUGGACAAUACGCGAUUGGUGGUGUUGGUGUCUUCGCGGCCUGGAUCUUGAUCCAACGCGUAGGCCGACGCACUUUGUACGUUUACGGCGAUCUCGUCAUGGUUCUGCUUUUGAGCAUCAUUGGAGGUCUUGGUUUUAUUCCAGCUGGCAACACAGGUGCGCAAUGGAGCAUCGGCGCUAUGCUUUUGCUUUUUGCUGCUGCAUACAACUGCACAGUCGGACCUGUCUGUUACUCCAUCGUCGCAGAGAUCCCAUCCACCCGUCUCCGCCAAAAGACGGUUGUCUUGGCUAGGAACUUCUACAACUUCGGUUCCAUUAUCGGCAACGUCAUCACCCCACGCAUGCUCAACCCUGGUGCUUGGAAUUGGGGCGCAAAGAGUGGUCUCUUCUACGCUGGAACUUGCUUUUGCUGCUUCAUCUGGGCGUUCUUCCGUCUUCCUGAACCAAAGGGACGAACCUACGGAGAGCUCGAUCUCCUCUUUGAGCAGCGUGUUCCUGCCAGGAAAUUCAAGAGCACAGUCGUCGAUAGCUUCCAUGUUAGUGAUACUGAGAGCGAGUAUGCUGAGAAGAAAGUCGUGGUUCGACCUAGCCCGUGGUUCGAUAGCGGGUCAUCAUUCAUCGCGAUGCCAAAUGUAGGGAGACCCUCUCCAGGAUGCAAGACUUGUAGGGACAGGAGAAUCAGGUGUGACCAGAAGCGGCCCUCAUGCUCACAAUGUCUCCGCGCAGGCAAAGAAUGUCAUGGAUACCGGGAUCCGGUGUCGCUGAUGUUCAAGAACGAAAGCCAUGUCGUGGCGAAGAAGGCAGAGAGGCGCUACGAAGAGCUUGCCAAAUCAAAAGAACCAACAACACCUUGGAGACGUGGAGAGCCCGCUAAAAUUAAAAGCGUGCAGAGGAUGUAUCCGGUGCGGAUACCGCCAAGUGCUGAGAUGGUUGUGCAACCUACGCCGAAUGUCGACGCGCGAGCCCAAGGGUACUUCCUUGCCAACUACGCGGGCACUGCCGACUUCCCCCAAGGAGGCCAAUUCGAGUGGAUUCCUCAGCUCCUAUCUCGGCCGGAUGUCGAGGGCAGUCUUCGCGAAAGCUUUCGAGCCCUGAGUCUAGCCGUCUUGUCCAAUGCAGUAAAAUCUCCUGCCGUCAUGCAGAAAGCACGUAUUGCAUACGUAUCCGCGUUAGAGGAGACCAACAGAGCACUCAUGUCGCAUGAAACAGCCAUCAAAGACAGCACCGUGGUCUCCGUAAUCCUACUUGGUAUGUACGAGGGCACGAGAUACACGGACAAGAGCUCUAUAGCCAGGUGGUCCAAGCACGUCAGCGGCGCUUACACGUUGUUCAUGCUCCGAGGAAAGUCCCAGUUCGAUACAGAGCUUGGACGGCAGAUAUUUUUGCAGUCUUAUGGUGUUGCGUUGUUCUUCACGAUGGAGUUGGGAACGAAUAUUCCAAAAGGGGUGCAAGAGUUAUAUGAUCAAAUACCGACAGGCGGGGGAUUCCACGAGCUCGGGAAAAAGUUUAUGAUGGGCAUGCUGCAUCUCAUGCACGCUGUUGUCAAACUCAACCAAGACAAAAGCCACAGCCCCGUCGAGAUAAUCAACAAGGCCAGGAAACACGACCAAGAGCUAGAAAAGAUCAAGGCUUCCCUACCUCAAAUAUGGCAACCCAUAAGAGUCCAUCUCAAGGCGCCUUCGGACCACUACUAUGGAAAUCUGUAUAGCCUCUGUCUCCAUCCCGUCAUAACUCAGAUGUGGAACUAUACACGGUUUCUUGCGAUUCAGAUACACGAAAUCAUAAGAACGAAUCUGGUCAGGCUUUAUGAGGAUCAUGCGCCACCAAGCUUCGAUGUUGCUUCCCUAAAGACAUGCAUACAGUAUGAGGAGGACAUACUGCGGGCUAAUAUCGCGGCAAUCAUCUCUGCGGUGCCUCAGAUUACGGGUAUGGUACCAUCACCUGCACAGCCUUUCGCACAAGGGAAAAAGACCGAUGAGAAUUCUUCAGACGAAGAUGUCAUGAGAGAACCGGGCACCUUUAUUAAUUCGGUCGUUUCGCCAAGGCUGAUGCAGGUCAUCCAGCCAAUAUAUACCGUGGGUAUGUGUGUGCUUAUUACACCUGGUCUGCGGGAGUGGAUCAUUAAGAUUCUCCAUUUUGUUGCACUGAGAAUUGGGUCGAGACAGGCGGUCGUUUUUGCAGCUGAGCUACAGGAGCUUCAGGAACAUGAACCAACGAUAGCGCGUGAUCGUGAAGACAUAGCCGAGUGGAUAACGUUGGGUUCUGGAGUAAUAUGA